UGUCAGCCAAAUAAGAGCCAAGAUUAAUUCUAUCUUAGUAGACCCACCUUUUUUCACAAGCAGCCUGAAAGUAAUUGAAGCUGUCUCACUGUUAUGGUAACAGUUGGUUGUAUUUGGUGCGAGCUAGAGAGGAUGUUAAUAUUUGAUAACAGCUGUAACCCAUUCAGUUCAAUUCACACACAUCCCGUCAGUUUCAUUUCACACUGUACCGUGAUUGAUUUGUUUAUAGUGUUAUGUCUAUUUAUGUUAUUUGAAACAAAAAAUAACAAUCUCACCUGAUGAAAGUUUAAUGAAGUCAUAUUUAAAUUUUUUUGUUCGUGGUAUUCAGUUCAAUUUUGCUAAAUAGUUUUUUUGGGUGUGUGUGUUUCGUGCACUGAAGCACUCAAGGCGCAGCUAUAAGCAAUUAAUUACUUCAGAGAACUGUAAGCAAUUAAGAAAUAAGCCACGCACCGGUUUGUGGCUAAAAAAGUUCCCUGCUAAUUCGCUAAGCUAAAAAAAUUCCAGUCAGCAAAGUGACCAUAAAAACUAAGUUGAAAAUAAUAACUUCAAAAUAAUAUCAAUAGCUUUCUGUGUAAAAGUUCUCCGGUCUUGCCACCACAUCAUUCAUUUCCAUCUCGAUCAUUCAUCAUUCAAUGAUUCAUCAUUCAUUUCAAUUCAGUCUCAAAAAACAGUAAAUUGCAAGCAGGAUUUCACCUGCUGUUUGUCGCCGAAAUAUAACGCGGAACGUACCCGAAUACGGGAAAACUCACUGCUUAGUUUGCACGUCUAAAAUUAAUACUGAGUUGCUAUUUUACAUAUUUACAGUAACAAUUAUUCCAUGAGCGCGCGUUGAAUAUGAGAUAAAAGGAGCCCCUGGGCUCCUGGAGAUGAUAGAUAGCCAACGAGGCGCGUAGCACCGAUUUGGCUUUGAUCAUCUCACAUCCAAGAAGCGCGCGUGGAAUAAUUGUUUAAUUAAAAACGCGCCCAAAUUAUAGAAAACUGGAGGCGGCGUGGAUUCAAGUGGUUCGGGGCGCUGAAUUUGAAAUCUGGAGGUCCCUGGUUCAAAUCAUCCACCCUGCCGCCUGGAUUUGAACUCGGUAUUCCCGAGUUCAACUCCGCCACCGCGUUGUGCAAACAGCCGGCCUCUCACCAAUUGGGAUUUUUAAUAGUUUAUGUUCUACAUGUAUUUGUUUCAUUAUUUACAGUGUCCGCAAUUAGCACAAGAGUGCUAAAUACAGUUGACACUUAAGUAAAGUUAUUUAUUUUUAUUAUUUUUAAAAACGCCCAAAAAACUUACGCGUACGCUUAGUCCUAUUUGCAGAUAAUUACUACAUGACUGAAAAGGUUCAGCAAAAAUCUCAUGAUCACGGACUGGAAAAACACCAAAACAAGACCAGAGCGCAAUUCUGAGAUUAGAAUUGAUGUUUUACGCUCGCAUUUGACGAUCUCAACAGAAAGGAAAGAAAAGGAAAUUAAUUAGAAGAAAAAGAAAAAAAAUUGUAAGGGGUAAUUUUAUUCUUUUGGUAACUGAGUAAGCCACAAAAAUCAACCAGAAAAUCGUCAUUAGUGGCGGAGAGGGAUCAUUCGGGGACAGUGCACAGUCCAAUACUUAGGAAAUAUUGCACCGGCAAUGGAACAACUGAUCUGACUGGUCGAUUUUAGCUAUUGGCCCUCUAACCUAACUCAGUUGCUAACUCAAAGCUAUAAUCUUUACUGCUCUCCAAAAAGCACAGAGGAAUAACGUCAUAGAUUUAUUCAACUUGAUCAGCGCCUACUCUUUCAUUCCCAAGUAGUGCGUUGCUCUCUAAUAAACCCCCUACGGCGAAACCUGGCUUAUAACUUAGCGAGCAAUGAAAUCAAACUCAUGCACGCUCAUAGCGUGAAAAAAGUUACAUUUUCAGGAGUCGCUCUGUCCGCCAGCAUCUCCUUUCCUAUUGUCCGUCGCCAGGUCUCUCUCGGUCUCUUCUCCUUUGGCGACGGAAACCCGGCUCUCUACUCGAGAUGCUGACUCCCAGCUGGGUUUGGCUAUGCAACACCCGUCAUUUGUUCAAUUGCAUUUUUCUGCUGUUAAUGCUUUCAGUUGGUUUCUGGUGUAGAUCUCUGUCACAUUUAGUGUUUUUAUGCGUGGGGACAGAAUUUUUUGACUACCAGAAAGGUGUACGGGAAGGCUGUAUUUGUUCGCCCAUUUUAUUCAAUAUGUCACUUAAAAAAUGAAAUCCCUUUUUACUAGACCGAGAAGACACAGAUCCCAUCACAUAAGCUAACGGCUCAAAUUGAAACUGUUUAUUGUAUAUGGACGAUUUAGUGUUAGUCUCUCACUCAGCUAAAGGCCUAGAAAAGGCACAUUCCAUUCUCGCAAAAUAUUGUAACGAUUGGAUGCUCUAGAAAACAAAAGUUGUGAUCUUUCAAAAGAAAUGUGGGAAAUCAUCCCUUGACAAAUAUUACUUUGAAAUAAACGAUGAUAAAAUCGAUUUGUCAUUAAUUAUACUUUCCUUGGAAUUAAUUUUAAUCGAUUUGUCAUUAAUUAUACUUUCCUUGGAAUUAAUUUUUCUGCAAAAAGCAAUUUUCGUGAUUGUCACAAUCACGAUAAAACAAGAAGAUUCAUCUUUGCUACUCGUCGUUACUUAGAUUUGUCAAAAUUAUCCCUCGAUGUCACCGUAAUAUAAACUUUUUGAUCAUCUCUUUGUCUUCCUAUUCUUCUCAGUGUACGGUUCAGAAGUCUGGAGUUUAUAUGAUAAAGAGGAUGCUAAAACUUGGGAGAAAGAUGAUAUUGAAAAAACAUAUAUUUUUGCAAACAAUUUCGAAUUCUUGGGGUAAAUAUACAAUGCCUAAACGUUGCAACCAGAAAUGAGCUUGGUAGACUACCUAUAAAAUUGGCCUUUGAAACUUCCAUAAAAAAAUUCUGGAUUCAUCUUCAAAGUUUGCCACAAAAUAAUAUCGUCAAACCACGUCUCUCUAAGGAGAUGGCUGAUAAAAACCAGACAGGUAUGAUGCAAAAAAUUGUUCAACUUCGCAUCACGUACAAUUCGAGUUCUAUCACUUCAAAUGAAAAUAACGAAAAACGCUUUACUUCCCACAUUAAAGAAAACAUUAGAAAAGCGUGAACAGCCCCUCAGUUAAAAUUAAUUGACGCAAACAGAAAAUUUAAUUUUUACGCUUCUUUUAGGAGAGAUACCAAAAAUCUAUUUCCAUCGAUGUGUUUAACAAUCCUCAUCACAGAAUCGCUAUUAACAAAUUUCGAUUAAGGAAUCAUAAAUCAGGUAUUGAAACAGGUAGACACACAAUACCGACUGAAGACUCCUAGAAAUUUGAGACUAUGCUUUUUUCUGUCAUUCAAAUGAGGUUGAAAAUGAAAUACACUUUCUUUUCUCAUGCCAGUUAUAUGAUAGGUUACGUUUAACAUUCUUUAAUGAAAUAACAAACCAACAUAGUCUUCUUAUGAGUUAUAGAUCUUGAUGCAAAAAAAAUUAAUGGCAUUGAUUCUACUGUAUGUCGAUCAACUCAGUUGCUUUUAUUUUCCAAGCAAUGCCCCUUAGACAAGAAAUUUCGUUUGUAAAAUAAGUUCUGUUUUUAUUUUAUUUUAUUUUAUUUUAUUUUAUUUAGUAAGCUAUUAUGUUUCUUUAGUUUAACCAUGUGUUGUUAUGGUGAUACCCUUAUAAAUGGUUGCCACGCAGGCUAGCGCUUGUGAAAGUAUAUGAUUGAAUUGUAGUUUAAAUAUGCAGUUUGAUUGUUUGAACAACCAUUUGGAAAUGAAGUGCCGUAGUUUUCGCGCUAUGUCGCUCGUUUUUUCCUCACUUUUAGUCUUCACAUUAUCGACAGCGCCACUUACCCAGGCACUACACUACAUUGCGGUAUUUGCUCUCUUUUUUCCGGUUUCGUUGUUGCAUUCAAGUCUCUCGUCCCCUUUCCAUUAUUUGCGUGACAGACUAGAGCGUAAAUUAUGCUGCGUGUCUGUUUACUGUCGUCUCGGCUCAACGCAUUUUUUUGAUGUAUUCAACCGAAUCUCGCCGUUCUUUUUUGUAUUUGCUCAUUCAAUCAGUAUAAAUUACAUGUAACAGGCAUUCCCUACUGUGUUUUCAGAGCGCAUAAAACUAUUGCUAAGAUUUCGCAUCCCAAGGGAUUGAGAAAAGUAACGCAGACUUGUUCUCCCCUACCAAGCAGCAAGCUAAACCACAGAAACAUCGCUGUCGCCAGGUCCGAGUGAAAUAUCACCUCAACCCACUGACGAAUCGUCUUCAUCAAACGAAAAAUGUACAGAUUUGCUACAUUUACUUGUUAUGUUUUCUUGGUUUUACUGUUUUAUAACCUGGAAAAAAUCGAAGCCAAAUGUCCAUCAUCGUCAGCGAGCAGAACAUGUCGGCAAGGACCAGCAAUCUGUCCGGCUUGCAUCGAUGUUUCAUGGCUCAUUCGACCUCCCUUUUCUUUUCAAGGAGAAAACGUUACUGAAGGAAUAUUGCCAGCUUUGUUAAGACUCAUGUUGAGCAACUGUUGUGGUAACUACAGCUUAAACUGUUGGGAAGUUAUAUACGAACCGCCAGAGACUGAUCCCGAACAGCUUCUCCGCAAGGCACGUGACUCGCACGUGAUUUUCCCAGUGAUAGUCGACAAGCAGGAGGCAACAAAUGAGAAGCUUAACAUGAUCAGCCUCGUACCCCCUGCCAGUAUAGCGUUUGUUGUUCCUAAAGGAAAGCGGGAGAGUUACCCAAAGAAGCUCUUGAUGUCUGUAUUUGAAGCUUGGCCAGUGUUGAUUCUGACUAUCCUGCUUUCAAUUUUGGCGGGCGUUUUUCUGUGGCUUUUGGAUACUUGGUUCAACGAAAAAGAAUUCCCUCGCGAUUUUUUCAGAGGCUCCUGGGAAGGAUUUUGGUGGGCGUUUGUCUCCAUGACAACAGUGGGAUAUGGUGACCGUGCACCCAUAUCAGUCCUUGGACGAACCUUUGCAGUGGCCUGGAUUUUAGUUGGAAUCUGCAUUUGUUCAAUAUUCACCGCUACGUUAACAACAUCACUGACAACAAUAAGCUUGGACACCAAAAAAAGCCUUCCAGGAUCAAAGGUGGGCGUUCUAAAACGCUCGAUAGAAUUGGCAAUAGGAAUGCAACAACAAGCUGAUGUGACACUCUACAAUUCCGUUGAGGAAAUGAGACAAGCCUUGGGUAAAGGAGACAUUGAAGGUGUUCUCUUGGACAAUUACCAAAUAAGUCACUAUACGGACAGCUUGUUUCCAAACAGUGAGUUCAAAACAGACCAAAUCCUUAAAGAGGAUACGCUUUCCUAUGGCGCUGUAGUGAACGAUAGUCAUCUAGAAAAGUGCUUUAGAAAUUUGAUUGCCGAAGACAAGUACCUGCUCUAUGACUUCACAAGAAAGGAACUUACUAAAACACUAAAGGGAGGAGGAGAUGAGGCGGUACAGAACUCUCAGAGUAUCUUUGAUCCAACUGGUGAUCUGUUUUUUCCUUCACUGUACACCUGCCUGGCGUUAGUGGCCGUCAUUUUCUUAGUUGGCUUAUUGGCCGAGCUGUUUUACUUCAGACCGGGCCGAUGUACGUGGAAGAAAGGAAAAAAGCUUACAGAGGACAUACCUAUGACAGAACCUGAGGAGAAGACACCACUUGAUCAACUGGAAAAGGAAAUGAUAAGUGAAGUGCAAACUUUGUUUAACAAGUACCGUGAAAAGCUGGAACAAUAUAAGGAUGCUGAAAAUAAUGGAAACGCCCUCAGUAUGCAUUCUACAGUGUGAACUGUUCACAGUAAAAGGACUCAUGGCUAACUUCUCCUGCAAUAUUUAAAUUAAAACAAUUAACUAAGCUUGCAACUUAACUUCUCGUGACAAACGUAAACUGUCAUGCAUAGUUAUUCAUGAGAUAAGUUCUGUUACUGAAACUGUUUCAAUGUAUCAGAGGAACUUAGUUUAGUUGACCGACGAUAAUUGAAAGUAAUUCUUUGUUAGUGUAGUCGUGUUUGCAUGAGGCGAUGUAGAUGAUGUAACGUAACACUUUGCUGGGUUCAGUUAUAAAAACUUAGAACUCAAAGCAUUGUUGAGCAGUCUUGUAAUAGCA